AGAAAGCACAGUGACUGCAAUUGUUAUAACAAUAAAGAUAUGGAAUUAGAAUGAAAAGACGACAACGGAGGACUUUAAUUUUCUGUUUAUGUGGAAUGUUUUACCUUUGUAUGUUUCUGAACUUUAAUAUUGAUUCCUUGAACAACAAUAAACACACAAAUGGUGCUUUUAAAAGAAUACAUCUACUACAAAGUGCUAAAACAUCAAACAUAAGUAUCACAACUAACCGUAUGUACAACCAAAAUCCACUGUUCAGUAAACAGAUAUGUUCAGAGAUAGGUCUUAGACCAGUUGGACAAACAAAGAUCAAUACACUUUUGGAUUUUCGCAAAACGGGUCCUUUUAGGUUUUUUAAGAAUUACAAGAAUCCUUGUUUUUAUCGUAAUGUGACAUACUUGGGCGGUAAAGAAUUGAAGACGCCAACGCUUGCUAUACGCUGUCUCCCUUACUUCUUUAUUGUUGGUAUGCCGAAAAGUGGUACUACAGAUGUCUGGCACGGGUUAGAGCAACACCCAGGAGUAGCCAUCAGACAUGGAAAAGAACCUAUGUACUUUACCAGGAGGCGUUAUCCAAGAGGUAGUGGACUUGGACAUUUUUUCUUAAUUCUCUUCAGAGAAAAUUGGAGUCUAGAUCAGUAUUUAGACCAUUUCGACACUGCAACUAAUAUGAUCAAAUCAACACCAUCACCAGACAAAUGGACUGAUGAUGACUUAUAUUACUUUCUGAUUACAGGAGAAGGAACCGUUGACGUGUCACAUGAUAAUGACAGAUGGCAGGAAAUUCCUGGGAAUGAAAAUUGUAACGAACCUCGAAUUUUAAAUGCUCAUUACCUUUAUCAUUUGAAUCCGAACAUGAGACUCAUAUUUAUGAUGAGGGAUCCUAUUAAUAGGGUAUAUUCUGACUAUUUAUAUGAAUCUCAGUUUUUCGGAUAUAAUAAAACCGUAGCAGAUUUUCAUCUUGCAGUUCUUGAAUCAAUCACUCAACACAUGGUAUGCCGAAAACAUUAUUCAGAACGAGGCUGUGCUUACAAUUCUUCAUUGGAAUCAUUUAAGGCUCGUUUGCGGGUAGGAAUGUACUAUGUAUUUUUAGAAGAUUGGUAUAGGGUAUUUCCAAAAGACCAAGUGAUGGUGAUUAAAUUUGAAGAAUAUAUGCGAAAUCGUAUUGAGUACUUGAAAGAAGUGUUCAAGUUUUUGAAAUUAAGGCCAUUAUCAGUGUCUGAAGAACAGAAACAAAGGAAACGAAGCAUAUCAAAUACAAGAAGUAAAGAAGACCGGCAGAUUGGAGACAUGUCGAAAAAAACUAGAAUGUUAUUGCAAGAAUUUUAUCAUCCUUUUAAUAAACGUUUGUCCAUUUUACUAAACGAUAAUAAAUACAUGUGGGGAAGCUGACAGGAAUGGUUAUAAUAAGGUUCAAGGGAUAACGUUUUUU